GCCAGGGUUUUGGGAGUCCGUAAGCAAGGAGUGCGGCCAGUUUAACUUGCUUGCCUGCUUAUGCUUCCCGUCUAUGGUACCGUCAAGGGUUUUGCGAAGCUAUUUGCAGGUCGUUGGGGUUUUCAUUUUGCACUAGAGAAAUUGGUCUGCUCGACAGGAACAAUGUCUUCCAUACGAAAAGCGAGUAAGGCUGCGGCGGGCGGGCGAGCUCACAAGGAGCGGUCGCAGCCGGGCCACCGAGCCCGUUAUGGAUUGCUGGAGAAGCAUAAGGACUAUGUGCUGCGUGCCAAGGAUUUUCACAAGAAGGAGCAGCACAUCCGGAAGUUGAAGGAGAAAGCAGCGAGCCGCAAUCCCGAUGAGUUCUACUUUAAGAUGGUCCACUCCAAGACGGUGAACGGCAUUCACAGGGAUGAAUCGGGCGGAAAAGUGUACACGCAAGAGGAGCUGAAGUUGCUGAGGACUCAAGACGUCGGGCACCUAAUUAGCAGGGCGCAGAGUGAGCUGAAGAAGGUGGAGAGAUUGCGAUCUUCACAUCUUCCUAUAACCGCUAAUGAUAACAAGCAUGUUUAUUAUGUGGAGGAUGGUGAUGAAGUCGAGGGUGUUCGGGAGAGAGCGGAGAAUCGGCCGGCGGAGCCU